GUUGGCAGUUGCUCUGGCACCACUCUGCCUUUCUCAGCCUCUCUGCUUCUUCUUGAUCAUCAAUGGCGGCAGCAGUGACAGCAGCAGCACCACCAAAUCUAACAAGCCUGAGAUUCCAUGGUUGGCGCGAAAAACCCACAUUCUCACUCUCACCAACAACUCUUCGCUUCUUCAGGAACUCAAGCCGUACAAAGCAUCUCACUCAAGUUUUGGCUCUCGUAGAUGAACAACAACAGCAACAAGUCUCGUUUACAGAGGAAGAGAACUCUCUCGUUGAAGCCCUCAUUGGAAUUCAAGGCCGAGGCCGCUCUGCUUCUCCUCAGCAACUCACUGAUGUUGAGCGUGCUGUGCAAGCUCUUGAAAGUUUACAAGGCAUUCCGGACCCGACCAGCUCUAGUUUGAUUGAGGGACGCUGGCAAUUGAUGUUUACUACAAGACCUGGAACUGCCUCUCCCAUUCAAAGGACAUUUGUUGGGGUCGACUUCUUUAGCGUGUUUCAAGAGGUAUUUCUUCGGACAAAUGACCCACGCGUAUCCAAUAUCGUAAAAUUCUCUGAUGCAAUAGGUGAGCUGAAAGUAGAGGCGGCGGCGUCAAUCAAAGAUAGGAAACGAAUCCUUUUCCGGUUUGACAGAGCAGCCUUUUCUUUCAAAUUUUUACCAUUCAAGGUUCCAUAUCCAGUUCCAUUCAGACUUCUUGGAGAUGAGGCAAAGGGUUGGUUGGAUACCACAUACUUGUCCCAAUCUGGAAACCUCCGAAUAUCAAGAGGAAAUAAGGGAACCACAUUUGUGCUGCAAAAGAAAACUGAGCCUAGGCAAAGAUUGCUAUCAACCAUCUCCACGGGUACAGGAGUCAAAGAGGCAAUCGAUGAGUUUAUCUCCUUCAACCAGAAUAAAGGCAUAGGUGAACCAGAACUACAAGAGGGAGAGUGGGAAAUGCUAUGGAGUUCACAGGUAAUCUCAUGAUGAUAAACUGAUACUAGGAGUUGUUUUAUUGUCCUUUACCAACAUCCUAUUGGCUUGGUAAUGCGGAAAAGGCACUGAGAAACUUAAGUUUGGACAGAUCAAGAGUCUGAGACUUAUUGGGUCUAAUCGCAUGAGCCAAUGUGGCAAUCAUCUCUCCAUGGUUGUGAAAUCAAACGUGCAUUGCACUUUGUUCAACCAAGAGCAUUAGCUUAUAUAAGAAAGAAUGCAACUGUUAUAUACAUAUGCAUUUUCAAAAAUGUUUCACAAAUAGGCGCAUAAGAGAACAAAAUCAGCUAAGUUAUUUUGUUAAUUGAAAAAAUAGUGUUCAUCCUAGUAAAUGAGAAGCUUGCUGAAUUUAAAGGCUAUAAAGAACAAAAUAAAGCUAACCUGAACUACUACAGGAUAGAGCUAAUUACAGAGCAAGAUCUAUAUUCAUGUAGAAGACAUCAAAUAGAUAAAAAUCUGCUAAUACUGCUCCAGAUCACU